UCUAUUUUCCGGUGUUUGUAUACUAAGUUUAUGUAAAUUUCAUUUAAUAAGUAAAAAGAAAUGGAUUCUGCACCAAACAUUGAUAAAUUUAUAGAUUCGUCGAAUAAAUUCAUUGAUAUAAAGUUUUUGAAACCUUUGUCUAAGUAUGACAACUUAGUAACACAGAAUUUACAUGCGGCUCAGAUAAGUACUAGGCCAGCAGGAGCAAAUGGACUAUGGUGUUUCACUCUUCUGCCAAUAGUAUUAAUAGUCUAUAGCCUGCAAUAUGAAGUGUCAACAGCAUACAAGUUAGCAGCGUGUCUAUCCGCUGGACUCUUGUUUUAUAAUAUACUAUUCCAUAUUUUCAUAUGCAUUACUAGCCUGGUGUUCACUUCAGGCUUGGGAGCAGGUUGCUUGGUAUCUGGGUUGAUAACAAGUACACUGGUGUACAGUUUUGUCAAUGAAGGAACUAUUUUUGUCUUACUUUUUGCUUUCCCGACCCCAUUCAUAUUCUGUGUGUUACUCAAGCAUUUACUGUCAUAUCCCAAAACAUUUACUCUCGGAGAAGCAGUGAUAGUUGCACAGAGCGCAGUGAUCUCAGUUAAUGUGAUAGUGGCUCAGAAUAUGUACAAUUUGGAAGAAUGUGAGGAUGCGGAUCUAGUCAAUGGUGUUGUUAUUACAGCCUUGUCCACAGUUGGAUUAAUUGUUACAACCCUAUGUUUAUUGAAAAAAGAAUCAAGAACAUUAAGAUUAUUUAUAUACAUCUUCACCGCUGCUGCGGCGUUCGCUGUCAUACAACUGUAUACAUUAGUUGGACUGACUUGUAUACCUCAAUUAUUUGUAUUUCUCUUCAUGAAUACAACCAGAGCAAAACUGCUAGCCUUCUGGUUGAGCCUAGUACUAGUCGCUGUAUUCGUGCUGGUCUUACGUACUAGACAAGCUGAGAAAGCUACCACAGUGACGAGGAAGACGUUCCAUCUGCUCGCAGCGGGGGUUUUUGCUACGGGGAUUUUGGUGGACUUGAGACUUAUAGAAAUGGCGACUGGCGUUGGGUUUGGGCUGCUUAUUUUAGUUGAGGCUUUGAGGAAAUCGGAUAUAGAACCUAUCUCGUCAGCAUUGCAAUCAGCUUUCCUCGUUUACAGUGACGAAAAGGAUUGCGGCGAAUUCGCGCUAACCCCCCUCUACAUGUACUGCGGUCUCGGAUUCGGUCUGAUCGCGCCGCGCGAGGCACCAAAGCUAGAGCAACUGGCAGGCGUGCUGUCAGUCGGUGUUGGUGACGCAGCCGCUAGCUGGUUUGGCAAGAGAUACGGACACAAGAAGUGGCAUGGACAAAAUCGAACAGUGGAGGGCACGUUGUUCAACAUACUAUCACAAAUUAUGACAGUCUACUGCCUUAGUUUAUUUGAUAUAAUAGACUGCAAGAACGCCGUUUUCCGCACAACCAUAGCGGCGACGGCGACCAGCCUCGUGGAAGCCAAGACAGACCAGGUGGACAACUUGGUACUGCCGCUGAUCAACAUUAUUGCGUUCCAGUUUACACACGCGUUGAGCUAGAUACUCUUUCGCACCCAAGAUCCCGCCCAGUGGGCACUCGUGAACCUUGCUCAGUGUCGGAGAACCCGCCUAGCGGGUUCUCGCCAUACAAGCGGGCAGUUAUAAAUGUGGAAAACUUUCUGACGGUAGAUAUAUCAGAUAGAGUAUGUACUAAGUAUGUACACCGAAACAAGGUAGUCGUACCAAUCGUUUGAGUCGAAAAUUACAUGAUCCAUGUUACUAUUUUUGUAAACUGUAAAAUAUGAAUGUUUGUAAAACUAUUAUCGUCACUAUGGCGUACAAUGGUCUAUUUUUUACUGGAAGUGAUGAAAUAAGUGAUAUUUAAGACUGCGGGUAUAUUUUAUAUAAACAUGUAUGUAACUCUAUGUACCUACAUUUUGCGGUACUGAUUUCGACCCAUGUUUUGAUGAUGGAAACCAAAGGUUCCAAGAACCAUUUGGUAAUAGAACUUGACAAGCCCAUAAGUUUAAAACUGUUUGACUGUCUAAAAUCGAAGUGCAGUCAAGGUAGUAAAUAUAGUAGCGGACAAGGUGCCAAAAAUAUGUCUCCACGACCUUAACACAUGAGCAAUACAGUCGUGUACACAUUAGUCACAUUGUACACAUCUAUAUUUAACCCAUUCGCUGACACUACGUCGACAGCCGAACUACUGCCGCAGAAAAGGCAUGUAUUUUGUCUGCCAGCGAAAGGGUUAAUACCUUGACUGUAAAGUCAAAUCAAGAGCUUGCAUAAGAAAUUAAAUUUUAGAUAAAGGCCUUUUAUACUUUUGUACCUAAUAAUUUAUUUACUUAGACAUUCCAAAGAGAUU